AUGGGAUUGAAUGAUUGUUAUGAACAAGCUAGAGGAAAUAUUUUGAUGAUGAACCCUUUGCCCAACAUCAAUCAUGCCUAUUCUUUGAUUCUACAAGAUGAAAACCAUAGAGAAAUCUAUGCAAACUCUCUAAUUUCUGCUGAUUCAUCAUCUUUCAUGGUGGGAAAUAAAGGUAAUUUUAUGGCUCAAAGUAAUUAUCCACAAAAAAAUAAAAAACAGACACAAAGGAAUUUUGGACAAAUCCAGAAGAAUCAUAUGCAGAAAACAAGAAAUCUAGCACAGAAGAAUCCAACCUUCAAGGGAAAGAAAACCAAAUUCAAUCCCAAUGUAUCUUGUAGCUAUUGCAAGAAGAUAGGGCACACAAUCAAUGACUGCUAUAGAAUCAUAGGUUUCCCUGAGGAUUUUGAGUUUACCAAUACCAAAGGAAGCCAGUUUCAAGUUAGGGGAAAUGGGGCAUUUUCAGCUGAAACAACAGAAGAACACAAUAACAACUGCAGUGAGCCUUUGUCUCAACACCUUUCCAAUGACAAAUUCUUACAGUUAGUGCAGCUAAUCAAGCAAGUCAAGGUUAGUGAUGCAGGAAGUUCUAAUCUAGAGAUCAAUGCACAUGCUAUGGCUGGGGCUUCAGAACACAUGUGCUUUGACUCUAAUGCUUUUCUAUCUCUAACUCAUUUACCUUCUCCUCUGCAUAUUAAUCUUCCCAAUUCCUUCAAGCUAACAGUCACUUAUGCAGGCAGAAUUUUUAUAUCUCCAGAAUACAUUCUGGAAAAUGUUUUGCAUGUCCCUAGCUUUAGAUAUAACCUUCUAUUUGUCAAUAGGUUCCUAUCUGUUACUGGGUUCAACUCCACCCCCAUUUUUCCCUAUCCUAUUCCUGCAAAAGUCAACUCUGCUAUUUCCCCACCUGCUCACUUGCCCACUGAACUUGUUCUAUAUGUUGCACUAGGUUUUGAUUCUCCUUUUUCACCCUCUCCUUCUCCCUCUCACCUCAGUCCAUCUUCCUCCUCUUCACUCUCCCUUUCCCCACCUCCUAUACACACACCUUCCAGUUCUUCCCCCUCUCACCUACCUUCACCAGCACUUAGAACAUCCAUUAGGGUCUCCAAACUGCCCACACACCUCAAUGACUACAUAUGCAACAAUGUGUAUCUAACAGACCUCACCUUCUCUUGUUUUGCUCAACCUAGUAACCCUACUGUCUAUUCAUUUACAGCCUUAUCUCAUCAUAAGCAAGACCUUAUACAAUCCAUCUCAGCUAUCUCAAAACCUACUAGUUUUUCACAGGCUUUUGCACAUCUUGGAUGGAAACAAGCUAUGCUUUCUGAAAUUGAAGCUUUGGAAAGGAAUCACACUUGGGAUGUGGUUCCAUUACCACCAAGCAAAAAGGCUUUACCCUAUAAAUGGGUGUACAAAGUAAAGCACAAUUCUGAUGGUGCUAUAGAGAGAUUAAAAGCUAGAUUGGUCAUGAGGGGGGUUAUACAAAGAGAGGGUAUUGAUUACAUAGAAACCUUUUCACCCGUAGUCAAAAUGACCACCAUAAGAUGUUUUCUAGCAGUGGCUACCAAAAAGGAUUGGCCUAUUUAUCAACUAGAUAUCAGCAAUGCUUUCCUACAUGGGGACCUACAAGAAGAAGUCUAUAUGAGGUUUCCAGCUGGUCUAUCUCCUCCUAGUCCUAACCAUGUGUGCCUCCUCCAAAAAUCUCUGUAUGGGCUUAAUCAAGGCAAUUUGACAUCCAUUGUUGCAGUAUAUGUGGACGACAUUCUCAUUAGUGGGAAUGAUUCAGUCGAAAUUGCAGGGCUCAAGUCAUUUUUACAUAUAGAAUUCAAGGUGAAAUACCUAGGAUGCCUCCAUUAUUUUCUAAGCAUGGAAAUAUUGCGAGAAAAAGAAGGGCCUCUUCUUCCAAAUCCCACUGUGUAUCAACAUCUUGUGGGUAAACUAAAUUACCUCACACACACACAACCUGAUUUGUCAUUUGUUGUUCUCAAGCUCAGUCAAUUUAUGCAAAGUCCUCGCCUUUCUCACUUCAGCGUAGCUCUCCGAGUACUGCGUUACCUCAAUCUCAAUCCAAGCCAGGGAAUUAUUUUGAACUCUCAACCUUCUCUUGAUUUAGUUGCUUUUUGUGAUGCAGACUGGGGGUCUUGUCCUGAAACUAGGCGCUCUGUGACUGGUUUCUUCAUCUCUCUUGGUGAUUCUCCCAUUUCUUGGAAGUCUAAGAAGCAAGACUCCAUCAGCCUCUCCUCUGCAGAGGCAGAGUACCGUUCAAUGCAUCGGGUUGUGGCAGAAUUAACUUGGCUUACUCGUCUACUUGAUGAUCUUUCCAUCUCUCUUUCCUUGCCAGUGCUUGUUUUCUCCGAUAGUAAAGCAGCCAUCAAUAUUGCUUGA